AUGGCCAAUCGAUAUGGCGAUGCAUUAACAUGCAUAGCCGUAUCCCACGCCUCAGAGCAAGCAACUCAAAAAUGGGUAUCUCUUCUCGGCGGCGCCUGGAGCGUUCGCGUUAUCGUCGAUGAAGAGAGGGCUAUUUAUGCAGCUUGGGGUUUAGGGACGAGUAGAUGGAAAGAGUCGGGAUGGUUGGGAGAGAAAGUGGCUGGAGCGAUACAGAGAAAGGAGACGAAUGAGAAGAAACCAGCGAGUACAAAUAAUGUGGACGAUGAAGAAGAUGAUGGACCGUUGACGACGAUGGGGAAUAAGUGGCAGGAGGCUGGUGCUUUUGCUAUCGAUGGAACUGGGACGGUGAUUUGGGGUGGAAAGGCGGCGAGGGCAGAUGAUGUUAUGGAGUUGGAAGAUGGAGCGAGAAUCCUGUUAGCCUGA